CUGCGGACCAACAAGUGUUCCAUCCAAGGUGGACGAGGCCCUGUCCGCGGCGCAGCAAAAACCAUGUGCCAGGUGCACUCGUAUCGAUGUCCGACGUGCAAGACGAGGUGGCAGCAACGAAGAAGACUGGCGAGCUGCGACGAGGGCGAGCCGAACGGGACAGACCCAGAGUGUCCGGAGAGCCUCUGUAUGUACGCUGGGGAUCCACAGUCGCCGGUGAGGAGGCAGUGCGUAACAUGCGUGAGGCUGGUGGCGAUGCUCAAGGAGUAUGAGGAGGAUGCGGCAGCCCAGCUCGACCCGAUGCUCAGGUAA